GAAAACUAUGGAUCUCUAUGUGAAUGUCAAAAUUUUUAGGUUACCCCGGACUAUUUUCUUGCAAAUAUUGCACAAACAAAAUGGACUUGAUCGGCAAAAUUCCCCAGCUAAACAAGAAGCACGUUCACAUCAAUAAUCCGGACAAAUUCAACGAAAUUCUCAAACAGAUAAUCGAAGACGGGCCCUCUAAAUUGCAAGUGCUCUCUGAUUUUGACAAAACAAUAACAAAACAACAUGACAACGGCAAAACCCACCUGAGCAGCUUCGGUAUCUUCGAAAAGUGCCCUUCGCUGACAGAUGAGUUUGUCAAGACUGUGGAUGGUUUGAACAAGAAAUACUAUCCAAUGGAAAUGGAUCCUCAUAUACCCCUUAAGGAGAAGUACCAAUUAAUGGAGGAGUGGUGGGGUCAAUCCGAAAAUGCAUUAAGAGGUUUGGUUGUGUCCCCAAAGGAAAUGGAGGUUGUGUGCAAACAACUUGGUCCCUCAUUAAGAGAUGGUACAAAUAUUGCUUUUGAUAUGCUUCACCAAGAAGAAGUACCUGUUUUAGUUUUUUCAGCUGGUUUGGGUGAUAUUGUUAAACUUGUUUUAAAUCAAAAAGAUGUUCUUUUACCUAACGUAAAGAUUGUUUCUAAUUUCCUAAAGUACAAUUCUGAAGGGGUUAUAGAGGGUUUUACAGCCCCUGCUAUACACGUCUUCAAUAAAAACGAGUACGCCAUCAAGAAUACUGAAUUUUACAACUGUAUUAUCGAUAGGACUAACGUUAUUUUGCUCGGAGAUUCCAUAGGAGACGCUAAAAUGGCCGAAGGCAUCACGCAUGUGAAUAACGUUUUAAAAAUCGGAUUUCUAUAUGAAAGGAAAGAAGAAGCCCUUCCACACUAUUUGGAUACUUUUGAUGUUGUUUUAGAAGAUGAUCAAACGAUGGACGUUUUUAUUUCUCUCUUAAAAUGCAUUUUUGAGAAAAAAUUGCAAAUUUAAGGUAAACAAAAUCAUUGAAAAUAAUUUAUUGCCCAUUUUGUUUAUUUAUUUUUUAUUACCUAGCUAAGACAAAUUUUUUCGAAUAUAGGUUGUU